AAAAAAUCAAUUCACAGAAUUUAGUUUCCAGUUUGGCAUUGUAGAAUGGACGAAAUGAAUAGAGUUCUUAGCUUGGCCGCGGCCAAGAAGAGAGUGAUGUGUGUGGGUAAUGCGACCAUGGAUUGCAUAUCGAUUGUCAAGCGAUUUCCCAAACUCAGCAAGACGGAAAAGAGCGGCGUGGGCUAUUGUCAGCGGGGCGGGAAUGCAAGCAACAUUUGUACAAUCCUUCGAAACCUUGGUGUUGAUGUGGAGUUCUUUGGAGUGCUGUGCUCGUCGCCCAUGUGUGCGAGUAUAAAGCGCGACAUGACGGCGCGUGGCAUCAAGUCGCAUCAUUGUCCGCAGUGCAUGGAGGAUCCGCCUUUCUCGUCAGUGGUUGUCAAUCAGCGGACGCGCACCACCCAUGUUGUCGCCUGCAAUAAAUCCUUUCCGUAUCCCACUAUGGAGGAUUUCGAGAAGCUUGAUCUGAGCACAUACGGUUGGAUACACUUCCGCGGCUGCCGUCCAGAGAUUACCAUUCAAAUGAUGAGAGCCGUCGAUGCCUACAAUCAAACCCAAAGCGAUAAGAUCAUCAUCUCGAUGGACUUCGACAUGGACUUGACUGCAAACUGGCCCCUGGUUGACUACUGCGACUACGUGUUCUUCUAUAAGGCGCUGGCCGAGGAAACGGGCUGGAAGUCGGCGAGAGAAGGUUGCGUCGACAUCGAUCAGAUGUUGCGCUUGCGAUUCGGGAUCAACAUGAAACGUCCCUUUGUGGUAUUCAUAUGGAGUAUACAAAAGAUCGGACUGAUGGAUCUCGAUGGCAACUACAUUCGUACGACCUCUUACAAGCCGACACGAUUCGUCGACAAUCUGGGCGCAAUGGAGGUCGUCGUUUCUGGCUUCAUCUAUGGACUGUAUGUGAGAGGUCGUAGUCCCCGCGUCGCAGCUGAUUUCGCCAGCCUCAUUGCUAACUACAAAUGUACAAAAUACGGCUUUGAUCAUAUUCCGAAUAUACUAGAAGUACCAGACCUAUGAAUAUUCAA